CGGUCGUCGGGAGUUCACCGAAAGCCGCUCUAACCAAAGACGUUGCCUGCAAACUCCGACAAGAUAUUAAAAAUAAACGAAAACCAAAAUUCACUCCCAAUAAUUACUCACUGAUGAAAAAACGUCGCCCCACAAAUUAACUAAUCACCGCCAUCAUCACCGAAACAAUCGUCGCGAGAGCUCUCGGUCUGUGUGUGGAAAAAAAAAUUCUAAAUAAAGGAACACUGCAAAACGCUGGCUAAACAGUGUUGGUGAUUCGUCAAGUGGUAGGGGUAUGUGCUGUGUUCGGAAUAAAGAAAAAACCCCAAGAAUUCAUCACAAGUGGGAAGGAAGGAACAAAGUAUGGUAGAACUUAACGAGUACAGUGGCGAGGAGUGCAGUUUAUCGUCAGCCCGCUCGGCGACGUCAAGUCCCCGUUUUUCCAUAUUCAAGUGGUUCAAACGUUCACCAAAGCCCCAGGACAAUACCAAUCACCGUAAGAUCACGAAUGAGCCUGAAAGUUUAUUCUCAAGUAGUGACAGUGUUGAUACGUUCUACAGUACCGCAACAGUUCGAAGUUUUGCAUUUCAGGCGGGACAAUCGGGCCCAGACCUCCACUCCAUUGGUCUAACUCGUCAGGAUCCAACGAAAAUCGGGCCAUUUGGUGAUGGUGCUGUCAAGAUUCUCGAAAAAGAUGGUAGAAAUUUAACUCUGAAUGUCACAAGAACAUUGCCGGCCAAUGUCCUCUCACGUAGACGCGACAUUACCGCCAGAUAUUCAUUGCAGACAUGCACAACGUCAUUCGGUUCUUGCAGCAACAUUAGUCAUCAGAGGAAUCUGUCGGGUGGAGUCAAGCGGAAUGAGGAUCGGGGGAGCAUCAGGCGUGUUCACGUGAGAGGAAAGAGACGAGCGCCAAAUCCACCGGGUGUUAGACCAAGAAGUCUCUGCGAAGUUCAGGAGAUUGUGGUUGUCGGUAGUGGCAGGAGGAAGCGAAGACCUGCACCAAAGCCACCGGAGCAUUUGGUGAAGAAACGCGAGACUGGAAUGGAUGGUGAGAAGAAGGCCCAGGUGACAAGUCAAAUUAAAUUCUUCGGUGAGCUUGAAGAUAGGAAGAUCAGAUCCUCUGAAUCUGGUGGUGAGGGAAGACAGCCCGACGUCAAAGACAUUCAGAGUAUCAGCACUGAUACACUAGUCCUUCGUGGUGGUGUUCUUUUACCGAAGAGAGAGAUUCAGUUGUCAACAGCUGCUGCUGUCGGAGGUCAUAGCACUGCGAUGCCACGACCUUGGUACAAGAGGAACGUCUUUGAGGCGUCGCACGCCAAUAAGGAGAGCUCCCAUAAUGUCUCGUCUUUGGCAGCUGCAUUGGAACCCCCCAAAAGCCAGGAUGAGGGCUCCCUGAGGCACUUGUUCAGCCGCUCGGACAGGAACACUAGAGACAGGAAGAAAGACGUGAAACGACAAUCAGGUCUAUCCAUGCUCGCCAACAUCAGCGAACUGGAUAAAGAAGCAGCAGCAAUUGUCCAGGAGGAACAGGCUAAGUCACGAGCAGCAAUGUUACUCGAGGCAUCACGACUCGGUGAGAUCGAGAAGAGAAUUGAUGGUAAUGAGGAGGUCGUGCAAGACAUGGUAACAUCAGCCAUGGAGAACUCCCCGAGAAGGGGCACACGGGCUCUCAUUUCCAAGUUCAAUGCUAUUGGGAAUAUCACUAAAGUCACGGUGAAUACGAGUUUCUUCGCUAAGCGUGAUGGGAACAAGGGAGAUCCUGGAGAAGAUUGGAAGAGGCGUAGCAGAGUCCCGGAGGAGACUAAAGGGGGAAGGGAUAUCAGUAAAUACUUCCGGAGUCAUCAGGUGGGUGAUAUUGAUGAAAAGGGACAGAAGUGGAGCCCGAAAUUGGGGAGUGAUGUUAGAAAAACGAUCAAUGCCUCACGUAGGGCUUUUUUAACGGGAACUGCUGGUGGUACAGUGUCACACGACCGGGAGAAAGUUGGGGCGAUGAAGAUGGAGAGUGGCGACGCUGCUAAAGCAGGGAAUGAUUGCCCAACUAUGGAUGUUUCCAAUCGUCUCUCAGCCCUUCAGGAUAUCAUUAAGAAACAUUCAUCCCCAAUCCCCGCUCGAUCUUUAACUAGCACCAUUGGAACUUCUCAAGACGAUGAAAAUAGCAGUGGAAGUUUUUCAAAUUCACCAAAACUUCUACGUAGUAGAGUUACUGAACAUCGAGAUACACGUACGGGAAAGUUUGACGAAGUAAAAACUAGUGCUGAAGUUAUUCAACGUGAGUUUUCCCAGAUAUUCGAGGAGAUCGACAGGCAAUUGAGUACGAGUAAGUUGAGGCUUGAACAACAGCGAUUGGUGGAGAGAAGAAAUUUCAAGAAGAGUGAUUCGUCCAACCAGGUGAGCAAGGUGUUGGAUAUUCUCGUUCAGGCUGAGAACUUGCGAAAGAACGACAAGGGGGAGAAGAAUGAUAAAGUCAAAACGACAAUUGUUAGCUCUGAGAAUAGAGUGACGGAUUUGAAGGAGAUGUUGAAGGAGAUGAAGCACUCACUGCCGAAGCGUCCGAAACCGAAGAGAUCGGACGAUAUCAGGGCAAUUCCAUCUACGUCGAGACUUCAACAGCCAGUUAAAAUCACAGCACCACCAGCGUUACGAAUAGCAGCUCUGAAGACUCCAACCAUGGAAACGGAAAAGCUCAAAGUGUCCUCGGCGGUGCAGACCAGUGGAAACAUUCGGAGGAUCGAUAACAUGAGCCGAAAGGAUUCAGUUGCACCAGAGAAAAGUGCCCCUGGAGUCGUCAAGAAGACUUUCCAUCUCAUGAGACCCAGAGAAUUCGCAGCCAUCGAAGCCAUCAUGACGAUGAAGAAUAGUCAAGAGGAGAAUACCUAUGCCAAUGUCAUAGAACAAUCCAUCUAUGCCAAUGCCAUGGUACUGCCCUCUCGAAGCCACCGGGCAGUUCCCACUCCUCCAGCAGUUGGAGGGAGGAAGAGGGAAACAUCACCAACACCUGAGCGACAUCCUGCUCUUCAACUGUUCGAUGACAUCGCGACCCCCGCCGACCCUGACACAAUGGCUUCCAACAUGAACACAAUGGCGGUUAAUCGUUUGCUGAAAAAAUUGGAGGGUGCCAUUGCAUCAGGCAAUCAUCAGCAAGCUGCCGGGCUUGCCAAGGAAUUGGCUAAACUAAAGAUACAAUGCUCUGUUGUUAGACAAAAGGCCAAACUCACGGAUAUCCUCAAUGUCGAUAUGUUCAUUGAAGACCGACUGGCACAUCAGGGACCGAUUCCUCUGCAACUUCCAGUAACAAUGAGAGUCGGAGAAUUGAAGGAAAAAAUUUCCCAGGAAUUUCAAAUUCCCCCGAAUGUACAGAGAUGGAUAAUCGCCAAGAAAUUAGCAGACGAUGACGAUGCUACACUCCAGGAACUCAACGCUGUCGAGGGACUGCCUAUUUUUCUGUACCUCGCUGCACCAGUAUUACAGAUCGAUAAUGGAGUUAAGACUGCUGGAGUUGCUCCCGAGGAUGACAAAGUCGCGCAAAUUGAGGAAGUUGAUACAACUUCUGCAGAGGAAUCAUCUGAUGAAGACCCUGUACUUGACGACUUAAUUCCUGUGGUUGCUAUGCCGAAAGCUGUAACAACCCCAGGAACUUCAAAAGUUGAGGAAGAACCCGAAGUGACACAAGAGGCCAAAAAAGCAAAGCACGAGGAAGUCACUGUUGACGAACGUGUGGAGCUUGCUGAAACUGACAAAUCAGAGAUCACCGAAAAUGAACAAAAUUUAGUAGAUGAUAACAAUGAAGAGGGUGCAGUUGGUAUAAUCGAACCAUCAAAAAUGGAGUACAGCGAGUUGAUAAUGCUGGAAAAUUGUGGACUCGUGUCAAACAUUACCGCCAUCGAGUGCCCGAUUUGUUUAGUUACUUAUGAGCCUUUGGAGGGUAUUGUUCUUCGGGACUGUCUCCAUGCAUUUUGCAGGCCCUGCAUUGCGGACACGAUCAAAUACUGCGAAGAGGCAGAAGUCAAAUGUCCAUAUCGAGACGAAAACUAUGCGUGUGAGUCAACCCUUCAAGAACGUGAGAUAAAAGCUUUGGUUGAUGUAGGUAUCUAUGAUCUGCACCUUGCCAAAUCAAUUUCUCUAGCUGAGAACAAUGCUGGCCAAAACGCAUUCCACUGCAAGACACCUGACUGUCCUGGUUGGUGUAUUUAUGAGGAGGAUGUUAACAAUUUCCUAUGUCCUGUUUGUGACAAGACAAACUGCCUCACGUGCAGGGUAAUCCACGAUGGAAGAAAUUGUUGGGAGUAUCAAGAUGAUGUCGAACUGUCAAUUGACACUAAUCAAGAAGCCAAAAGAACAGCAGCAAUGCUCGCAGACAUGUUAGAGAGGGGUGAAGCAAUGAACUGUCCAACGUGUGCAGUUGUCUUGAUGAAGAAGUGGGGAUGCGACUGGUUACUUUGUUCCAUGUGUAAAACAGAAAUAUGUUGGGUUACAAAAGGACCAAGAUGGGGGCCUGGUGGUAGAGGUGAUACCUCUGGAGGCUGCAGAUGUAAACAGAAUGGGAUCAAGUGUCAUCCUCGUUGCAACUACUGUCAUUAAAGUUCAAGAUUCACCUAAUCAUUUAAAAGUUAUAAAGUUUUAAUUUUAAAAUUUAAUUUCUAUGCUUGAGUUAUGAAAGAGUGUUUGUACUAUUAUCCAAUAAAUUUAUGAUAUUUUGUAAAGAUAAAAUGUAUGUGGAAAUGCGCUAAUUUCAUUCACCAACAAGAGCCAAUAAAUCUGUCAUAUUGAUUUAUUAAAGUCUUCUUAUUCCUAGGGUAGGAUAAAUUAAAUUCAAGUCUCCUCUGGUGAUGAGCCCUUUGUCUCCCCUUUACCAAUCUGUCCCAGACGUGUGACAAGUGUCUCUUGAUGAUGUGUCAGUUGCCGGCAGAGAUUAACACCAGCUGCUGACUGCAACGUUUGUACUAAUCCAGCUCUGGUUGACGUUAUAUCCAUUUGGCCGUAUUUUAGGAAGUCGUUGGCAUUGAGCAGCCUACCAUCUAGAAUUCCAGCUGCAAUGAGAACAUUUAAUUUAAUUUAAUUUAUCUUAAAUCAACUGAAAAUGGAAGCAUUGUAAUCGAUUUUAGAUUAGAAAAUUAAAGGUAUAUUUCGUGACCGUUGAAAGUAGACAAUAAAAUUAGUAUUAACUUUAGAUAAAAGUUAUAAUGUUGAACGAGUUUUUAAAAUUAUUAAUUUUAAAGUACUUCUAAAAUACUAGAAUAUCAUCAGAAUAAUCAAAAUAAUUUUUAUUCUGAGAGCAAAUAUUUUUACCGAAAAAAAAAAUUAAAUGAUAUAUCACUAAUUUAAUCUGCUCAAUCAAAUUAGAUCAUCGAUUAAUUCAUCAGAUGAGACAUUUGCUCGAUUAUCACUUAAAUUUUUAUCAGCUACUGCUGACGUAAUAAAUCUCUAAUCAGUUCUUUCUGUUCCUCUACAACAAGAAAAAACACGAGAUGUUCUUCUACAGGCACUCAAACUCACGCCAUAAAAAAUGUUUUAAAACGGUUUAUGACUCUGACUCACCCAUGAGUACAUACUGCGGAGUAGUCUUGAGACAUUUCCUUAAUUUUGCGACGUUCACUUCAGGACUGAAAACGAUAGCACUAGGAGAACAAAACAGUGGCAUAACAGCCUCGUAUUGAGUCCCCGUGAGAGCUAUCUCGGAAACCUUCCUUCCCCAAUACUUCAGAAACAUAUUAUCCCGCUUCAAGAGGAUCUGCAAAUCCAUCUUGUCCUCACCCCUUAUGGGAUUUUCGUGGAGAAAUGCAAUCAUUCGUGAGUUAUUAUACCAGUUCAAGCACUCUCUCGCGAGGACUACCUGAUAGGGGUUGGUUUCUUCAAGUAACUGCUUUGAUUGUACCACAUUAUCACACAAUUCCCAAAGUGGCUUUGGAUCACGUUUUGCCGGCCAGAAUGGUGUAACGAACUGAUUGAAGACACCUCGAAGAUAAAAUGGUUUUCUGGGCUUUUGGAUGUUAACUUUACUCUUGUGUCGCCGUUGCUCGAGGAGCAGAGGCCUCUGCACAUAACGAAAAACUGAAAAUAGGAAAAAUGAAUUAAGAAUAAAUUAACAAAAAGAACAAUUGUAUUAAUAAAAAUUUCAAUUGCCUUUUUCAUUCUCUGGACCCUUGACUUAUGACUCCACUGAUAUAUUUGCCCAAUUUCCCGAGAAGAAGAGAGUUGCAUAAAUAAUUGAAACACUCGUCAAUUGCAUUGUGCAAAGAAAAAAAAAUUAUUUAUUGUUUGCAAAAUAGAUUACAUGAUUCGAUUCAAGUACUGAUAUAAAAAAAAUAGAAUAAUAUAUAUACAGACAGAAAAAAAUAAUGAUCUUCCAUACAUUAUCACCUGAUCCUAUUUCAGUUUUCAUAAGGCACUUUGGAACAUUCAACAUGAAACAACUGAUAUCCUCGAUAAAAAAUUAAUCGUGCAAGUUUUACAAUCGUAACUAUCUCCUAUAUAAGUACAUGAUUAAUCAAAAGAAGAAAAAAUAAUGGAAUUCUCUCGAUUGUCUCCCUCAAAAAAAAUCUCUCAACAUCUGGAAUAAAAUCAUUAUGCAAUGUAAUUGAUGGUGCCACUGCAGUAAUUACUAGUCUCAUGUCUCCCCUCGAUAUUAUCUCCAAAAUUAAGAGACUUUCGGUUUUUC